UUAUUCAGGAAAACGUUAUAUCAAGGUGCCUUCGAAUACGCCGUGCCUCUGUAUCAUCCCACACAUGGAAAAUUCGAAUUGCGCGAACCACACAGAUGGCGAGACACUCUGAAUCCAUGGAAGGAAAGCUUUCGACAACUUCGUCAUGGUGUACAUGUUCGACCGAGAUACGCUCAGAUAUACGAGGGUCACAUUGGACGGAGUAUUCCGCAUUUUGAAACAUUGACACAGGCACUUCAAUUUCUUGAUGCUGAACCAGAUCGUGAGAAGCUAAUUCUCUUGCAUACUGGUCAUUAUUUCCCGGAACCGAUUCUCAUCAGUUCAUCGGUUCAAGUUAUUGGUGCAACACUUGAUGCCUUGUGUUGCGAUUUCAAAGCCUCACUGUCCGCGAAUAGUGAUUGUUUGCACAUUUCUAUUCCUGUUCGCCCUCAUUCCGCACGUUGCGGUGAAUUUCGGUCACGCUAUUGCUUCUCAUCGGCGCAGUAG